AUGCCCAAGACGACGACGACGACGAGCCGGCGCCGUAAGCGCGGCGGCGGCGGCGGCGACGAGGGGGACGCCGCCGACGGACAGGCCAGCAACAAGAGGAGGCCCGCCACCAGCGUGCUCACCUCCCUGGACGUCAACGACGCCCCGCGCCCGGAGCUCCCCCUCUUCCAGCUCAGCCGGCCUGGCCAGCAGGCGGGACAGGACGACGACGACGAAGAGGAAGAGGAGGAGGAGGUGACCGGCGGGGGCGGCGGCGGCGGAGGAGGAGGAGGAGGACCAGGGUCUUCGUCAUCGUCCGCGCCCGCCGCCGCCGCCGCGGGCAACGGCCACGGCCCGCACCAGCAGCGGCGGCUGUGGGUGAAGGACCGGUCGCGCGCGUGGUGGGACCAGUGCAGCAGCGCCGACUACCCGGAGGCGGACUUCCGCGCCGCCUUCCGGAUGGGUCGUGCCACCUUCGCGAUGCUCUGCGACGCGCUGGGCUCCGCCGUGGCCAAGGAGGACACGGCGCUCCGCGCCGCCAUCCCGGUCCGGCAGCGCGUGGCGGUGUGCGUGUGGCGGCUCGCCACGGGGGAGCCGCUCCGCCUCGUGUCCAAGCGCUUCGGCCUCGGCAUCUCCACCUGCCACAAGCUGGUCCUGGAGGUGUGCGCCGCCAUCCGUGGCCUCCUGAUGCCGCGCUUCCUCCGCUGGCCCGACGCCGCGGCCGCCGAGGCGUUCAAGGCCCGGUUCCAGGCGGAGUCCGGGAUCCCGGGGGUGGUGGGCGCCAUCUACACCACCCACAUCCCCAUCAUCGCGCCCAAGACGUCGGUGGCGGCCUACUUCAACCGCCGGCACACGGAGCGCAACCACAAGACGUCCUACUCCGUCACGCUCCAAGGGGUGGUGGGCCCCGACGGCGCCUUCACCGACGUCUGCAUCGGGUGGCCCGGGUCCAUGCCCGACGACCAGGUGCUGGAGCGGUCGGCGCUGCAGCAGCGCGCGGCGGCCGGGAUGAUGGCGGGGUCCUGGGUGGUGGGCGGCGCCAGCUUCCCGCUCACGGACUGGGUGCUGGCGCCCUACGCGCAGGCCAACCUGACGUGGGCGCAGCACGCCUUCAACGAGAAGGUGGCGGAGGUCCGCCGCGUCGCCGUCGACGCCUUCGUGCGCCUCAAGGGCCGGUGGGCGUGCCUGCAGAAGCGCACCGAGGUGAAGCUGCAGGACCUCCCCGUGGUGCUGGGCGCCUGCUGCGUGCUCCACAACAUCUGCGAGUCGCGCGGGGAGGGCAUGGACCCCGCGCUCCGCUGCGACAUCGCCGACGACGAGACGGUUCCGGAGAACCCAGUGCGGUCGGACGGCGCCACCAAGGCCAGGGACGACAUCGCGCACAACCUGCUCCAUAGUGGACGAGCCGGCACCAAAUUCUUCUGA